AUGGAGCUUGAGUCCCUGAGAAGAUACACCAGCCCAGUGAACCUGGCUGUCUUUCCACAUCUGACCGUGGGGCUGUUGGCCAUUGGCAUGUUCUUCACUGCCUGGUUCUUCAUUUAUGAGGUCACCUCCACCAAAUACACUUGGGAUAUCUACAAGGAGCUCCUCAUCUCUUUGGUGGCCUCAUUUUUCAUGGGCUUUGGAGUCCUCUUCCUGCUGCGCUGGGUCAGCAUCUACAAUAUGAACUCCCAAGGGUUCCAACCAGACGUCACCAUCCAGAUGGAUCUCUCGCAGCCGCCAACCCCCCACCCACCAAUGCACCUGUUGCCACUGGGGCUCCCGUGA